AUGGGUGAUGUUGAGAAGGGCAAGGAGAUUUUUGUUCAGAAGUGUGCCCAGUGCCAUACUGUGGAAAAGGGAGGCAAGCACAAGACUGAGCCAAACCUCCAUGGUCUGUUUGGGCAAAAGACAGGUCAGACUGUCGGAUUCUCUUACACAGAUGCCAACAAGAACAAAGGCAUCACCUGGGGAGAGGAGACGCUGUUGGAAUAUUUGGAGAAUCCCAAGAAGUACAUCCCUGGAACAAAAAUGAUCUUCGCUGGCAUUAAGAAGAAGGGAGAAAGGGCAGACUUGAUAGCUUAUCUCAAAAAAGCUACUAAUGAGUAAUAGUUGGCCCCUGCCUUA